AUGACUGAGAAUAAACUGGCCUCUUUUGGGAAGAUGCUGCUGAGGCGACGCAUGCUGGACACGUCUCUGGAUGAAACCCGCUUCGCUCGCUGUCUCACCACUCUUGACCUCAUAGCCCUCGGGGUAGGGGCGACACUGGGGGCCGGUGUCUACGUUCUGGCUGGGGAAGUGGCCCGAGAGAAGGCUGGACCUGCCAUCGUGCUGUCUUUCUUAAUUGCUGCCUUUUCCUCUGUUCUCGCUGGUUUGUGCUACGCUGAAUUUGGUGCACGUGUACCCAAGACGGGAUCUGCUUACCUGUACAGCUACGUGACAGUGGGUGAAAUAUGGGCCUUCAUCACGGGAUGGAACCUCAUUCUGUCAUAUGUGAUUGGCACAGCUAGUGUGGCACGGGCUUGGAGCUCAACGUUUGACAAUCUAGUGAACAAAACCAUCUCUGACUUUUUCACUGAUUCCAUGUCAUUUCCAUACACCGGGAAAGUGUUAGCCAAAUAUCCAGAUGUGUUUGCCCUCAUCCUGGUCAUGUUGCUCACUGGAUUAUUGGCAUUUGGAGUGAGUGAGUCUGCUCUUGUCAGCAAGAUCUUCACAGGAAUCAACCUGGUGGUUCUGACGUUUGUCAUUAUAUCGGGCUUUGUGAAAGGCAACACUGCCAACUGGAGCCUCACUGUGGAGGACUACAUUAACAGCACAAACAACUAUAAUGCAGAGAGCAUUGAAAAAGAAUUCGGCUCGGGUGGCUUUGCACCAUUCGGCUUCAGUGGAAUCCUUACAGGUGCUGCUACAUGCUUCUAUGCAUUUGUGGGUUUUGACUGCAUCGCAACCACAAGUGAGGAGGCCAAAAACCCCAAGCGUUCCAUCCCGAUCAGCAUAGUGGCCUCUCUGCUCAUCUGCUUUUUUGCCUACUUCGGAGUAUCAGCAGCGCUCACACUCAUGAUGCCCUAUUACAAGCUGGAUGUUCAUAGUCCACUUCCGGAGGCCUUCAAAUAUGUGCACUGGGACCCUGCUCGCUAUAUUGUGGCGGUGGGGUCUCUGUGUGCCCUUUCCACCAGCUUGUUGGGCUCCAUGUUCCCAAUGCCUCGUGUGAUUUAUGCCAUGGCUGAGGAUGGUCUGCUCUUUCGCUCCCUCUCCCGCAUGCACAAGAAAACCAAGACACCUGUGCUGGCCACCAUUGUGUCUGGCAUCGUGGCAGCUCUGAUGGCCUUCCUGUUUGAUCUCGCUGCAUUAGUGGACUUGAUGUCGAUUGGGACUCUGCUGGCGUACACUCUUGUUGCCGUCUGCGUACUCAUUCUCCGGUACCAGCCAGGCAGUAUUGGCUCCAGUGGUGUGAAGCCAAUGGAACUACAGAGGCUGGAGGCUAAAGGAUGUAUGGCAGAUGUGGAUAGCGGGGAUGAGUACAGCCAGGAGCUGGAGACAACACCUCUUAAGGAGAGGUUUUCCAUCAGGAUGCUGGUGCAACCCAUCAGUGAUGUACCCACCAAGAUUUCAGGCAUCAUUGUUUAUUCUGCAACUGGCACCAUAUCUGUGCUGUUCACUCUGCUGUGUGUGAUGCUGGCAGUGUUUGGGGAGCAGGUGGGGAUGGGCAGCCCUCUUUAUAUCACUUUGGUUGUUCUCCUGUCUGUUCUGUCUUCUGUCUGCAUCUUCAUAAUCUGGCGACAGCCCCAGAGUAAAGAGGUUCUUACUUUCAAGGUGCCUUUGCUUCCCAUUCUGCCGUUGGUCAGUAUCUUUGUAAAUAUUUACCUCAUGAUGCAAUUGGAUGGACCUACAUGGGUUCGUUUCGCAGUAUGGAUGGUCAUUGGUUUUAUUAUUUAUUUUGCAUAUGGAAUAAGGCACAGCUCUGAGGGUAAAAACAAUUCCCCAGAAAAAUUUGAGCCAAUUCUUCAAGGAAAGAAACCAAUCUACCUGACUGAAGAUGAGAGUGAGGGGACUACACCUUAAGAAGAGCAGCUGGAUUGGUAUGGCAGCCAUAUUACAAAUGGUUUUGUAAAAUGCUGCAGUUUCACUUUUGCACCUUAUGCUUCCUUUAAAGUCUGCAUUGAAAACUGACAAAAGUGGUUUCACUCAACCAUCUUUAUUCAGUAGGUAAACUGUGUAUUUAUUGCUAAUCGUUUGACUGUGUCAGUAUGUGAUGGUACUGUAACAGUGUUACAUGUCUAGGCUUCAUUAUGAAAAUAAUUCAGUCCUAAGUAUACUUUGUAUGCACAUUUAGAUUUCUGUUACCAGAUUAGAGAUGGGGCAGAACUGUUACGCUUGAAAAAAUGUUUGUGAACAGUGUGUGGUCAUUUAGGGACUUCUUUCUCUCUCAAUGAAUGGGAAUAUGCUAUACAUAGGCUUUAAACAGGCAGCAAAAAUCUCAUUGGGUGUUGCCAACUAAAUUUUUUCUGAUGUAACAUUUGUGUAACGUCCUUCAUCAUGUCCACAUUUACUCGUAUAGCACACUGUCACAUUCACUAUGUAUUAAAUGUGACUGAUUGCACAAUGAUGCUCAGUCAGAAAAGAAUUCACAUUUAAAGACCAAAUUAGAUUUGUGUGCUGUGUGAACAAACCCGAUAUCUUUUUACAGGAUCAGAGAGAAUUGAGAGAGUGUAAAAUAACAUGUGCAUUAUUGUUUUGGAAUCAAAAUGUCCUUGUAGUACUUAUUUUUAUAAACUUUACAUGACAGGAAAAGUGAUACAUGAAAAAUAUUUUCAAAAGCGACCUUUUAUUUUGUAGUAGUUUUCUAUUUGUUGUAUGUUGUUGUUGUAUAUUUUUGUAAAUUUAUUAGAAUGUGUAUUUAUUGUUGAUGUUACUGUAAAAUGUUUUACAUAUUUUUAGCUUCUUUAGUACCAACAAUACUUUGAAAAUUUUUUGGCACAGUUUUCUCUAUUGAACUGUACAUUUUGGGAUGUUAAAUAGGAAAGCCUCAUUGUCUUAAAUGUGCUUAAUAGCAAAAACAAUAGCAAAAACAGACUUUCACUUAUUGUCUUUUUCUGUAAAAAUUUGAAAUUUUUCAUUCUGAGUACAGCAUCUAAAUGCUGUUAUUUUUCAUGCCUUUUUUAUGCUUAUGCAUAUUUAUGCUGUUUUCAUAAUGUUUUUUGUAAAAACAUUGCAAUGUAAAUGCUUUUGUCUUUAAGGGAAAAUUAGGUCUGAAGGUGGAGAUUAUGGAGCUUUGUUACUUGGGUGGCUUUUUCCAUAUGAUGCUGGGAUAUUGUAUAUGUUAUUGACAUGAACAGAGUAAUUUAUGCCCCUUAACACUAAACAGAGUUAUUAUACAGUUUAUUUUCCAAAAACCAUUACCUUUUGCUGCAAAUAUUGUGACUUUUAAGCCUAUUUUACAAUUAAUGUUUACAUAAUGCUGCUGUGUUGUUGAGCUGGAACUGUUUGUUCCAGUUUAUUGAAAAUCAUAUCUGUUACAAAGUUGAUAUUUGCUCUUUGAAGCUGAAGUGUGAAAUUUCUAUGCCACUGAUGUCAUCAAAAAAAUUCCAAAAAUAGUUAUUGUUUUCUCAAAAUGCUCCCAGAUAGUCCCACCCCAAACUCGGGGGUUGGGUUGGUUCAGCCAUUAGGCUGGAUUGGAUUCUUAAACAUGUAUUUAUAAGGAUAUAAAUGGCUUCCUUUUACUUGUAUCUGCAUAUUAAGAUGAGAUAGAAGAAAGUAUUUAAAACAAUACUUUAAAACAAAUUACACACUUCAGCUUUCCUAUGUAAAUAGCUUACUUAAUGUGCCUUUAUUACGUGCAAUGCUGUUGUCAAAUAAACGUGGCAAGUAUUGU